GUAGGCGAGUGGCCGGGGAAAGAAGCCACAAAAACAGGCAGUCGGCAGUGUGCUCCGCUGCGCGAAUGAGUGAGCAAAACAAACGUGAACAGAAGCAGUUAGCAAAGCUGAAUGCAAGAAAGGCAGACGCAGCAAUGGAGGUUAUUUUCUGACGUGUUAGCGGCUCUGACUGAGCCGUCAGCUUACAAUUGGAGCCUACAUUCAGUUGGCUAAGAUCACGCUAGUCGUUUGGACGCAAAGACCAAGAAGAGGCACACCACUAACCCAUAAACAUAAACAGAAGAGGCGCUUCGGAGCGGAGCCACUUCCUAAUCGAUCGAGCAAACGAAAGUGGAAAUGUGCGAAAUUGCCAACCCGAUCACCUGAGUGAGAAUAGUGUUGGCCCAAAGUCUCAGUUGAAUUGGAUCUGUGUUCCCAUCAUUGUCUCCAGUCCCAGGCGGUAUCUGCAGUGAAUACAUAUAUCAAAUAUUCGAUAGAAGCACACACACACACACACAGAAAAACACUCGCAUACACAGCCAGCGAUGUCGGAGGCUGUCACACCCAUUGGAGGAACAGGGACAACAGCACUGCCAGCCGGCUUCGAUCCAACCGCAGAGGCGGUGGAGAAGACGCUCUGCUUUCGAGGAUUCUGGGCGUGGUUCGUGCUCCUGCUGCUGAUCGGGAUCUGUGUACUGUUCGUGAUGUGGCUGCUGCGCAAGUGCAUCCUGGGCCCAGCCUACCGCAAGGCGAAUCGCAUCGACGGCAAGGUGGUGAUCGUCACCGGCUGCAACACGGGCAUCGGCAAGGAGACGGUACUGGAGCUGGCCCGAAGGGGGGCCAAGGUGUAUAUGGCCUGCCGCGACCCGGGACGCUGUGAGGCGGCCCGCAUCGAGAUUAUGGACCGCACCCAGAACCAGCAGCUAUUCAAUCGCAGCCUGGAUCUCGGCUCCCUGGAGUCCGUUCGCAACUUUGUGACCCGCUUCAAGGCGGAGGAGUCGCGCCUGGAUCUGCUGAUCAACAACGCCGGCAUUAUGGCCUGUCCCCGCUCCCUCACCGCCGACGGCUACGAGCAGCAGCUGGGCGUCAACCAUUUGGGCCACUUUCUGCUCACCAACCUGCUGCUCGACCGGCUCAAGCAGGCCACGCCCAGCCGGAUCGUGGUGGUCAGCUCGGCAGCUCAUCUCUUUGGACGCAUCCAUCGCGAGGACCUCAUGAGCGAACGCAAUUACGGCAAGUUCUUUGGAGCCUACAGCCAGUCGAAGCUGGCCAAUAUCCUCUUCACCCGCAAGCUGUCGGCCCUGCUACACGGCACCGGGGUGACGGUCAACUGCUGCCACCCGGGCGUGGUCCGCACGGAACUGAACCGCCACUUUGCCGGCCCCGCCUGGAUGAAGAGCGCCCUGCAGGUCGUCUCGCUGUACUUCUUCAAGACCCCCAAGGCCGGCGCCCAGACCACGCUGCGCCUGGCCCUGGACCCGUCGUUGGAGGGCUCUACCGGCGGCUACUAUUCGGACAGCAUGCGCUUUCCCCUGGUUCCCUGGGCACGCAACACGGACACCGCCGAUUGGCUCUGGCGGGAGAGCGAGAAGCUUGUGGGCCUGCCCCCCAUAGAGCCGCCACCGGUACAGAAUGGCAAUGGGAGCGCUAACGGGAGUGCCAACGGUAAUGGCAGCACAGGUACAGGUACACCCGCUGAAACAGUGGACACCGUUGUGGUCAAUCGCUCGUAGUCGUCGUCGUCGUCGUUGUCGUAGUAGUAGUCAUAAGGCAGAGGUUCGACCGGGGUUCGGUUGGAAGACCAGGCACUUAAUUUAUUUUAUAGUUUUGCAUACCCUUGCAGAGAGUAUUACGCGCAUUCCAUUCGAUCAGAUGUCCGUCUUUCGGUUUCUAUGAGAUGUGCUUGAAAUUUAAAGUUAAAACUUUACGCACACAUCCAAAAUAAUUUCUAAGAACGAUCAAGGAAUAAUCGAUCUUCAAGGGUAUCAAAAGCUUCGGCCCCACCGAAGUUGGCCUUCUUUUCUUGUUGUUUUUGUUUUUUUUUUUUUCGUCAGUCCUGUGCAUAUCAUUAAGCUGAAAAAGUCCACAUUAAAAUAAACGAUAAACUUAACAUGC